AUGGCAGGACCCACGGGGACAUUAAUAGAAGAAGAGACAACAGACAAUGGCGGGUCUAAGAAGAAAUUAUACUCCGGAGAGGAUUACGACGGUCUGUUCGAGCCUAAUGCAUACCUGAAUACCCUUUAUAGCGACUUUGUGACAGGUGGACCCACAGCCUCAGAGAUUACCGGGGCCUUGGACUACUACCACUCCCUCUAUAGUGUGGGGAAGAUCAAAGGUCAGAGACUUCUUGACGUGGGCACUGGACCUUCGAUUUUCAACCUUAUAAGUAUCUCGAAAUACUUUGAGGAAAUAUACCUGUCCGAUUUCUCCGCACACAACCGCGAGGUUCUUGAAAAAUGGUGGAAGAAGGAAAAAAUCAGCGACUGGAGUUGGGAGUGGAGGGAAAGGCGCCCACUGGGAGGUGCUGCAAGAUGA